UUUGCUUUUGGCUCUUUCUCAAUGACAGUGUCACAUUUUCCACGCAUGCCACCGGUCUAGCUGCCUGAGGUUGGUCACCGUUGCCAUCCAAGUACUUAACAAAUCAGCAGUCUCCAAGGGUUUGGAUGCGGAUUCCCAAAUACCCCCAACCAACUUAGGUCAACUCUUUUGCCAAACGACGCCCCAUCACAGUGACUGUCCCAUCCAAUCAGCGGGCAUCGAAGAUGGCUGCGAGACCCGAUUUGCAGGCGAUGUUAAUUAUGGCUCUGAAUGGCUUGGCCUAUGCCAUGGUGGACGUUUCGCAAACUUUCCUCGUCGAGCAAGCACUCUGUCGCCAGUUCUAUGCCAGCUCGGACCCUGACGUGAUUCUCCCAGAUGGCAGUGUCCCCGAAUCCAGGUGUAAAAUAAAACCUGUGCAGUCCGAGGUGGCGGUGUUAUCAGGGUUACUGACUUGGUCCAUCUUGAUGGUUGGAUUUCUGAUUACUCCCUUAUGGACCAGGCUGGCGUCAAGUAUUGGGAAGCGGACUGUGCUCUUGAUUAACGCGGUCGGCCUCGUUCUCGCAACCUUGGCAUAUUCAUCGGUUUUUUACUUUUACAAUCUGUUCAACGUGCAUAUGGUUCUAGGCCUGUGCGUCUUUACUACCGUGGGAGGGGGAAUCCCGGUCCGAGAAAUCAUGCUGAGCAUGUAUAUUGCAGAGAAUGUACCGGAUGAUCGACUGAGCGAUGCGUUUUACACCUUAACGGCCCUUCUGAUUGGGAUGGGCUCACUGGGAUCCUUCCUGGGCUCUUUGAUUCUCCGUGUCGAUGUCUGGCAGCUUUGCGCCACAGCCACCGGUAUCUAUGCGGUGACCAUCCCGGCCGUUUGGUUUCUGCCGCAAAGCUCCCCUUCCCAGGCAAUAGAACAACAGCCCGAGCUGGCGGACCACUCUACUUCGUCCUCCUUCCUAUUGUCUGCGUCCAAGACUCACAGCCCGGAACAUGAAGGCGUCGUCCAGCAAUGUAGACUCUGGUGUGGAUCCAUUCGGCGGGUCCUCACGGUCGAACUCCCCCAAUCGUUGAUGCUCUUUGUGGACGCUGUACGGGAACCCCUCACCCGGCGGGUCAUGGCCAUCUGUUUCAGCAGUACGAUGGCCAUGACCGUCCACAACACCUUCCAGCAGUGGGCCUCUAGCAACUUCCAUUGGAAGCUGGCGAGUGUCAACACAUUGUGGUCCAUGGGCCAGGUAGUCUCUGCCGCGGUUCUCCUCGCAUUACCCCUCUUGUCGCAUGGGAUUCUGAGGCCAUUACUGGGCACCAAACGGCGGGUGGACCUUUGGGUUGCCUUGAUCAGCAUCAUCUUCAGCGCGGUGGGAUGCCUCGUCUUGUCCGUGUCGCCCUCCAUCCUCGUGUACGGCUUUGGUUUGGUGGUGUAUUCUUUGGGUAUAGGCCUCAACGACUCUUUGCGAUCUCUUGCCACCAGCGCCUUGCAGGAUACCGAAGCGGUGCAGCGCCUCUAUAUGGGGAUUCGAACAGUCCAGUCCCUGGGAGCCAUGAUCGGCAUCCCAUUGUGGUCAUCUCUUCUGUCCCUCAUUUUGCGAAGUGAUGGGGCGCUUCCGAAGGGCCUCACCUUUUUCGGAGCAAGUUCGCUCUACUUUCUGUCCUUGUAUUGGGGUUUCUCAUUGCAACGAUUUAUGCGAAAUGUCUAUGUGUCCCACCCAGCCAUAUGAAUCCGCCUCCGAUUUUUCUGGACUUCACAUAUGGCUUGAUGACUGCCCCAUGAUAUUGUUCCCUUUAUUUCCGCGCUUAUUCAACCUUCUCCAUUUCCUUCUAAUAGUCACUAUGGGAGUAAGGCUCUCCCUUCACGUACAUCAACCCACGUUGAUCUCUCUUCGGGCGCGCAAUACUGGCUAAUGUGGCUGAGGUAAAUGAUGGCGAUUGUUUACGUUUAUUCUAGCCUACCUCCUACAGCACACUACAUAUAGAAUAUUAGAGAUUAGAUAUAGGACCCUCUGCCACUC